CGAGACUCCAGACGACACGCGCUUUUUGGAGAUGCCUCCGCACAGUUUCCCCUAGGAAGUCAACAGAACGAUGCAGUAUAGAAAGCCCCCAACACGAGACUGGACCUAUCUGAGGUAUUUUCCUCCACUUUAGCGGAAUUCUGACUUGUUUGUGGAUGUGUGACAUGCGGUGAAUACGCACGCGGCGCGUAGUGACUGUCUGAAACGCAGUGAAAUGCAGACGGCGGUGAGCGCAUGAGGAGCGCAUUCAAACCCGAUCUCUUGUUUUGAGCUUUACACGCAAGUUCUGUCUCUCCCGACGCACCGGAGCGGGGUCUAUCAUUGACUGCGGAUGAUUUUUGCAUAAAGACCCUGUUCUUUAUUUUGGCAGCACGUGCGAGUGAGACUAUGCAACGGUUGGUGUCUUUUUCUCUUGGUGGGGCAAAAAAGUGCCAGAUGAAAGUCUCGUGCAUUUAACUUUCAUCUUACUGAACGGAAACCUGUCGCGCGAGCAGUUUAAAAGAGGCGCAUGGAAAGUGUCCACUCAUCAUAAGGGAUUGUUUAUUAAAGCAAGGAUUCGUUCGGUCGGGAUGGAUUUGCCGUUUUAAGCGCGUCGCUCAGAUCUUCGAAAAGAUGCAGCAUCUUCGCGUGGCGUGGGCGCUCGCGGGAGCGGCGGUGUGCUUUUUCCUUGUCUUCUUCAUCCAAGCGCAUUUUUUCAGAGAAGGUCAGCUGGCAGCAGGGACGUGUGAAAUCGUGACCCUGGACAGGGACAGCAGUCAGCCAAGGAGGACCAUUGCCCGGCAGACAGCCAGGUGUGCCUGCAGGAAGGGCCAGAUUGCAGGCACCACCAGAGCCAGUCCAGCAUGUGUCGAAGCACAUAUCGUGAGGAACAGACAGUGGUGUGAGAUGAUGCCAUGCUUGGAUGAUGAAGGCUGUGACCUGUUGGUAAACAGAUCAGGCUGGACGUGUGCACAGCCGAGCGGUCGAGUGAAAACAACCACAGUAUCCUGACGCCUGUGGGGACCGGUUUUCCCGAGGGAGGCGGCACGUACGGAAGCCACUCUUCAUACUCCAAAGCUACAGCUGGGCGGGGGAGGGGAACAUUCAUCAUAGUCCAGUUAGCUCUGUCUGUCAGUAUCUCCAUUAGUCCUGCAGUCAUAAGAUAAAGGGUGAGGACCUCACGUUAUGGAGUUUACAUGGACCAUGAGGAACGGAUCUCCCCUGCGCUGUCAAUCAAGCCAGAGCCUUCGCUCCGCAGGAACUCGCCAACGCUUUUCGUCCGCAGAUGCCUGAAACUGGCGAGCGAUCAGUACGACGAAUGACGUGUCCGGACGAACAAUUCACGAACUCGCUUUGGAUCAGGCAGCGUGAAAGGAUCUGGUGAGAUUUUACAGACCAAAGAAACAAACCAUUUUCUGCGGGGAAGGAUUUCCAAUGUGAAUACACGAGAUACUUUGAUGAACGCAAGCGAAAACAGGCACGCACACAUGCAUAACUAGGAGUUUUUCCAAGCGAGCACACAUGAAUGGACAACAGAAAUAUUUACGCUAAAAGCGAGUUGACUUUGCUCUAUUGUAAAUCUGCUAUUGUUGUGUAAUGAACUGAAAUCUGCUAGAAUUUGGAAACGUAGCGAGCGCGGCAGGUGAUUUAUCACACGAAACAUCUACCUGCUCUGAAGAGACUGGGGAGAGACCAUCCUAUGUAUUUUGAGAAUCAUAAAGUGAUAUAUAUUUAACAGUUUUAUAUGAUGUAUCUUUGUAGCAAACCUUAUUUAACAUUGACAAUGUGAUCCAUAAAGGGUGGAUUCAUGACAACAAAUAACAAUGUCCUGGAACGUUAUUUACACAUGUUGCUUUCUUCGCAAGAGAUUAUAGACGUUAAUUCUAGUGUAUUAGUGUAUAUGUGAUAAACCUUUGUUUUGUAACACCAGUUACAAUAUACAAGCAGAAAAAGUCAAAUGUAACCCACCAUGGUUAUAUACAACAGCUUUGGGUCAAUGUUUAACCGCAGCGAUUGUACACUGGCAAAUUCAUCUUAUAAAAACUGUUUAUAUGUCAGUCCUUCUGUGAUAUCUGUCAUAUCGAGACGGUCACCCCAUUAAGAUAAUGGCCUUUAUGAGAUAAUGGACCGUCCGCUGCGGAACGGCUCGUGUCCUGGGUGGCUUCUCUUAGGCCAUUACUCUGCCCCUGUUGGCCUAUCUCCUCCUGUUCUCUCGGCGCCGAUCCUGUGGAGGAAUGCUGCUGUCAACCAGGCUUCAAGCUUCAUUUAACAUCACUAACAGGCUGCAUUACACACAGCGUCUCUCGGCUACAGCCGCAGUGCUCCCCCAAUAACAGACCCCCCCCCUUCAGCCCGAGACUAAAAGUACUUAAAGUGUUUAUGAGGAUUUUGAAGGAGAAUCCUGUUAGCUUGCUUUGUUGGUUUUAUCGAUGCAUUUAACGUGAACUUGACAACAUAUCUUCAAAUUUUACACGAGGUGUGUCACACGAUGAGGGCCAUUCGAACUUAAGGCUGAAGUGUUCAAAUCUUUUCUCUCUUAAAGGGACAGUUCACCCAAAAACGAAAAUUCUGUCAUCUUUUACUCACUCUCAUGCAAUUUCAAAACGUAAUGCCUUUCUUGUGC